UGGGACGGUAGCGUAAUGUCGGAUCGGUGUGGUUUUGUUGUCUGCGAUGAGAGCGGCGCGUGGGGCUCCGCGGCGAGAAGCGAUGCGGAGGAGAAGGAGCUCAGCAGCUUGAGGCUAUCUCUCGUUAACACCAGCAUGACUUUAACCACUGAAAUAGGAGGAGUUUUUUCUCCACAAAUCAACUGUAUAGCUCCUAAUCCUUCAUAUGAAAACCAGGUAUAUCAAAAAUUAAGUUGUGAAGAUCUCUCUCCAGAGGCAAUCCUGUGUCCAGAUACCUUUCUGGAGGAGAUAAUAACACCACAAGAUGUAUUUCAGCAUGUUUUAGAAGAUUGCCUGAGGCCCACCGUGGCUGUGAUUGACACAGAUAACGGCACAGAGGAACAACCCUCCAACAAUGAUAACAGUCUUUCGUUGUCAGCAUUUGGAAAGAUUUUCAUGGAAUCAUUGUCACUCACUGAACAGAGCUUAGGGACUGGUGAACUUGAAAUCAGUGAUUGGUUGAGAGUUCUUAGUGAUUCUGGGAGUCCUACAGUGAUAUUAGAGUAUCCUGAUCAUGUCUUUUCCAGUGACGCACCAGCAGAUAAGAACAGUGAUGCUCUGCUAGAAAAGCUUGUGGCAGAUCUGAAUUCUAUGUCCGGAUCUGUAGUACAGCCAGACACACCUGUAGUGCCAAGCAAGAGACAGCUUAACACCAAAGACGAGCAGGCAAAUUCAGAACACGAUAUUGCCAGGCAAGUGGCAGAUGACUGUACACAGAUAACAAGCGUGCUCGAGCCUCAGCUUCCUGUGAUUCAGGUGGACAAAUCAAAAACUUUAACAGAAUUUAGCUUGCAGAGGACAACUUAUGAGCAGCUUGUGAGUGAUGAUCAGAAAGGGAAAGAAGUAAUUUCCAAUUUUUGGAGUGCCACCUGUAAAGAAAAACGAACUAGGCAGGGAAGUUCACGUUUAGUAGAGGCUGUUUUAUGUGCAGAAACCACUAAAACAACGUCGGGGAGAACAAUGGAGCUAAGAGAGACUUCCUCAGUAAGGUACAGAGAUAGGGUGUCCAGUCAUGAACAGAUGCCAGAAGGACUGCAAAAACUGCCUCACAAUCUCUCUACAAGAAGCAAAGCUAAAUAUUUUAGUGAAAUUCAGAAAUCUUCUAAAAACAAGCAAGAUCCGGAAAUCAACAGGUCCCAAGAAGCAUCUAAAAAUGAGGAUAGAAAAGUUGACGAGAGAAGGAGGAGCAAAAGAAUCAGAGAUAAAAUGAGACAAGAAUUCUAUUGUAGGAGUUUAACAGAUCCUCAAUACCGUGCUAUGCUUUCCAGAAUAAAUAAGAGGAAUGUGUAUGGUGAGACCUUACUACACAGAGCUGUUGUUGCUGAAGAUCUAAACCAUGUACAUAACCUAAUAAAAGCUGGUGCAAACAUAGAUGAUAAGGAUUAUGCUGGCUGGACUGCGCUACAUGAAGCAAGUUUAGAGGGCCAUUACUGGAUAGCAAAGGAGCUUUUGAAAGCAGGAGCUGAUGUCAAUGCUAGAGGAGAUAAACAAAUAACACCAUUGCAUGAUGCAGUUAAAGAAGGCCAUUAUAAGGUAGCAGCAUUGUUACUCCAUUAUGGAGCUGAUCCCUUAUUAAAAAAUGAGAUGGGAAGGAGUGCAUUAGAUGAAGCUUCUGACCUGUGCAUGAAGAGACUGUUAAAACGCCAUCUAGCAAGAUAUGAAAGAGAUUCAGUAUCAGGUGGAGGUGAUACAGAGAAUACAUUAAGUACAGAGGAUAGAAAUCUGCACCAGGGUUCCUUACAAGUAAAUGAGUCAGAACUAGCCUGCGCAAAUCUUCCUGAUUCAGGCAGGGCAGACAUAAUGCAACAGACUAUUCAAAAUGAGGUGCAAAACACUUACACUAAUAUAUUGGAUGAUGGAAUCAGCUGCAUGGAAUGCACUCUUAAAGUAAAUACAGAAACACUCCUAGUGCGUGAGCUUUUAGCAACUGCUAGUGAAGUGAGUUCUUCUGGAAGUCCUUCUAAUUCUACUGAUGGUGUACUGAACAACAAUGAGCAAAAGGCUCUACAACCAGAAACAAGAGUGGGAAUCCUGCUCAAUGCAGAACAAAGCACUGGAAGAUGUCACAUGAAGGAAACUAAAGAUGCUCAUAGUUCAGAGAUAUUGUUCAGAGCUUUACAACUCCAUGACAAGAAAAUAUGUCAAAUUAAACGGAAGAGACAAGAUCUUAAGGACACCAACUCAAAGCCAGAUAAAGGAAGAUUUGCUGGAAUGGGUGGAACAGAAGGCACAGAAAAUCAUAAAGAAGGAAGUGAAAAGAGCAAUGUGCUCUUGCAAUUCUCUGAAGGAGAAGUCCAAGUGAAAAGAUUAAGGUUAGACCCACAAGAGGCAAGACAAAAGACAGACUUGUGUAUUAGUGUAAGGAAAAACAAGCUUUUAUCUACUCAUUCAAAAUUCAAUCAACCAUCAGCAGAGCAAACAACUAAGAAAUCAGUUGAGACAAAGAAGAGAAAGAAGAAAAGUGCAAAAGGAGAAACUGAGCUGCAUAUUGCUGCUAGGAGGGGAAAUUUAUCUUUGGUGAAAACUCUGAUAUCGUCUGGAAUUCCUGUAAAUGAACAGGACAGUGCAGGUUGGACAGCUAUUCAUGAAGCUUCUGCUGGUGGAUUUACGGAAGUGAUCUCAGAAUUACUGAAAGCUGGUGGUGAUGUUAACAGCAGAGGUCUGGAUGGUAUUUUGCCAAUACACAAUGCUGUUUAUAUCAAUUCUUUGGAGGCAGCCAGGAUUCUACUGCAGCAUGGGGCAAAUCCAUGUGAGAGGAAUGAUUCUGGGAAAAGUGCUUUGGUUGAAGCUUGUGAUGAUGAAAUGAAAGAACUGCUGAUGUCUUAUUGUUCUGUUGAAUAUGUACUUCCUGUUGAAACUAGUGACGUCACAGUCGCAAAGUGUGCUACAGGUCAAGAAGACAAAAUGUAUUACACAUCAAGAAGACAAAAAACUGUUUGUUUUAAGUGUUAUGAAGAUGGUGAUACAUCCUUGGAGCCACAAAGUGAGAAAUACAGUGUGAAUACUGUUGCUGCCUUACAAGAUGUUGAAAAGAAGCAGAAAGAGCUGUUGCUACUUGAACUGAGAACUUCUGAAGAUGCAGAUAUGUUUACCCAAGGCCUGUCUCAGAUUGAAGGUACUUUGAAUAAAGUGUUUGCAGAACAGAAAGCAGACAGGGCUGCCCUUGAUAAAAAAUACAGGCAAAAGAAUCUGUUGACUGUUGUCCAAAACCAGAAGGAAUUACUGCAGAAAAUAGAAAAUUAUAGAAAAACAAAGCAAGUGUUCAGAGCAUCAGAUUCAGAGAAGCAAAUCCUGAAUCCCAAUGUAGUUACAGAUGCUAUGGGGCUUGGUGCCAGUAUGCCUAAUGAAAACAGAGUGAAAGCACAUCUCUCUUCAGAAAAUAGAUCUUCAGCUCAGGAAUGCAGCCAGUGUCCAAACAACUGCUUGGCUGAGACAGAAACUAACAAAGAAGCAGUAAGAGGCAAAGUGGUUUCUGAUAGUACUUCAGAAUCUGAAAACUGGGUAAGAAAAUAUUAUUUCUAUGACAUGUCAGGGUUGACAAAUGCUAUAGAGUUAGUGUCAUUGCCUUCAAAACCUGCAGCUUCCACUGCUGAAACUAACUGUUCACAGCAAAAAGACAUUGAUCUCAUAGCAGUUGGAGAGCAAGGAAACAAGUCAUUAGAUCCCACUUCAGUGACCAACACAUUCAGUAUUUCAGAAGCCCAAACCGCUGCUGCCAGUAACAGUGUUUGUCAGCCAGGUGGUGACUGUCAGCAGGUUCUUGCAGAUGAGGAUGUACACAGAUAUGUAAAUAAGAAAAAAGCUUUCCAGCAGCACCAGCAAGUAAUAACAUCAGCAUCCACAGAUAACUUUCCUAAUCUGAAUCAAAUGUUCCUUCGGAGUCGUGGGAACUCAUUUAAUGCAGAAUCGAUGGCUGCAAAUUUUGCAUCAGAUGCAGAUUAUCCAGUAAACCUUAGUGAGAAAUCUUUCCAGAACUGUGGUUACAAGGAAUGUGAACGAAAACAAAGGAAGUAUGUGAGAAAAAACACAAAAAAGCUUCAGCUGAUAGAUCUUCUUGAAUUGGGAAGGAUUAAGCCAGGAGAAAAUGUUUUGGAAUUCACACUGAAGGAAUUCACUUGCAAAGCCACACUCUUAACAGAUGGCAAGAUCAAAACAAGUAAAAAUAAAAUAUUUCAGAAUCCAGUUCGAUGGGUUGAAGACCUACUAGGAAGUGGUAUUUAUGUGACAUGGAAGUAUGCAUGGAACAAGGUUGCUUAUUGUGGGAAACAGUUGUCAAAGCUUGUUGUUGAAGAUGCUCCUGUUUCUAUUGACCUGGAAAUACCAUCACAGCGGAGAGAGCUUGCAGAAACUGUGAAAUCAUUUCCAUGCACUGAUGGAGAAGCAGCUGAAAGUCUCCCCACUGCCAGAGAAUUAAAGAGUUUCUCUGUCCAGUUCAACUCAGUAGAAAGUACAACAUGUUUCCUUCAGUUCACUGAGUUACUCAUCAUAUGUACAGAGGAGUUUCUACCAUGGCCUGUAAUGGAAAAGCACUGGAAUUUCUACAGGGCAUGUGAAGAUUUUGGAUUCUGAAGUCUUCUUAAGUGCUAACACUUUUUUCUUCCAUCAUCAUUUAGUUCUAAAUGUACAAAUGUUUGCUUCUAAGUGCUUUGUUACUGCUGUUCUGAUAAAUACUGUGAUAAAUACUUUGAUAAAUACCCUGUGCUUGUAAUGGGCUGAAAGAUUGUUUGGUUUAACUGCAGAGUACUUUGUAGCAGGUGAGGAUAACUCAUGAUUUAAUUUUGUGCCUUAAUGUUCUGAAGUGGACAGGAGUUGUUAUACACCGGUCCACAAAUUGUAUUCUAUGUUACCAGCUUUGUAUGAAACUCCAGUGAUUUCUGUGGCUUUUUAUCCUCCCAUGCUGGACAGUGCCAGUCAGAUAUCAAAUCCACAGCCACUUGCCACAUCUCAGUUUUGAACCAGUCUGCCCAAGCAUGUGCUGUCAGAAUUGGCUGCAAGAGUUUGUGUAAAGCAUAAGCUAUUAAGCAAAAAUCAAGAUGGGCGGCUUUGAACGAUCACCAGCAACUUUGCUUUGUGAGGCUUAGUUAUAUACAAACAACUGAGAAUGGGAUGUAUGCUGGAAGAAGUUAUAAGAGGGCUCUUAGCCUUUGAAAAUGCUCAUAGAAAUUCACUUGUUGAUUCAACCAAAUCCAUUUGACAGUCAAAAAAAUGUGCCAGCACAAGCCUGGAAGUACAGUGAGACCGAUUCUGGUAAAUGAGUUUUUCAGUCUAGUAACAUCCAGGAUUUUCAGCCUGAUCAAUGGAGUAUUUCUGUUUGUUUUGAUUUUGCACAGUAUGAAUCUGCCUCAGUAGCACGUUUAUAAAACAUUUGACUGUUAGGAGAAUUAUCCAUAUGCAAGUGGUGUUGUAGCUCUUUCAUUCCCUGAGUUGUAAGAAGGCUUGAGAUAAUAACACCUACUACUCCUAACUCAAGUGAAUGGGCUGAGAAAUACCUCCUGUCAAUACAUGACAUACUCAGCUUGCUAUUCGGAAUGCGAAGAGCUGUUCUGCAGGGAUUUGAUUAGUGUCUUAAACAGGAGGAGGUUUAGGGGAGAGUGAGGCUUUUGAUGGUUAGAGAGUUAAUACUGUGCCUGCAGAUGCAUGAGCAAUCAUUGCCUGUUAGGCUGUAAGGAUUAAAAGGAAAAAACAAAACCAAAACCAAAACAAAAACCAAGUGCAUUGAAGCCAGAGAAAGUUAAAGGCUACUGAGUGAUGGGUAUUUAGUAAAGGUCAGUUUGCAAGUAGGAAGUAAACAGAACAUUCCCACAGCUGCUGCAGCAAAACAGACCUGAAGGAAUAUUGGUCUAAGGGAGCUGUUCAGUCAGAUACUGCUGCUUGGAGCACCCUUGGAGAAGAGAAGUAGUUUUUCAUCAAAAGUGAAAGAUUUUUGACUGUAAAAGUUACUGUUAAAGCCACUAACAUGUUGUUUGACAUCUUCUCUGUUAUAAAUUGUUUAAUAAAAUUAUAGUGAAAAACUGGGAGGAGCUGACAAAUACUUCUAUCCUGUAACACCAACUUGACUCCAUGCCCUAAGGCAACAAAGAUACAGUAACAGAAGCCUGAUUGAUUCCAGUUGGGCUAAGAGUGAAAAUGCAGUUACAUGGAAAUAGCUCUCAUUGACAUCUUAUGUAAAAGUUACCACACUUUUCAAUAUUUAUGCUGUAUAUAAGCAUCUUAGUUUGACAACAUAAUCUGUUUUAAUAUGAGUAACAAAUGUAGAGUUCUGCUUCCUAAGUCUUACAAUCAUGAAUUUUUCAUAUUCUGCAUACUGGAAUCUUUUUCUUCAUGAUCCACUCAGAGAUGACGAAAGUCAUACCACUUUGAACAGGAUGUUUUCUUAAUUAAUCUUUUUUUCCUAAGUGUACAAUUGCAUAAAAACACAAGCUUUUACUACAGGUCAAAGAUGGGCAGCUAUUUGUGAUCCUGACUGCGGCUAAAUAAAAGUGCAUCUGCUCACA